AUGGACCUGGAGAAUAAUCUCCCAAGCCCGCUGUUCAUCAUGGUUCUACCUGGCGAAAUGGAAGGGACUUAUCUCUUCAUCAGCCGGUUGAAGUACGCAGCCUUGGCAACAAACGUUUUGAAAGGACUGGUUCUGUUCUUCACUCAUCAUUUGGGGGAAUCAACGACUACUCGAUCCAACAGAGUUCUGGGCAAAUGGUUCCCUAAGUCUCUCAUCCAUACGACACGCCGCAAGGAACUUGUGUGGUGCUUGGAGACUCUACGGGCACGACCAGCCGACCAAACUCAACAGGGCGUUGACGAAGCUAUCGAUUUUCUGGAUGGGUUUGGCUCUGAUCCUCUUGAUGUUGGUGAAGCAAAGUUGGAAUUUGAUAUGGAUAUGGCGGAUGCUAAAGAUAUUGACGAUGGAGCUACGGUUGCUGGUGCCAUGGAUGAGUUGUUGGAAAAGGAUAGUCAACUGGAGGCUGCUAUCACGGAGAUUGAAUUCAAGGACAAUCUCUUGUCCGAACAGAAUUCUGCUUUGGAGGCCGAACGAUUACAAUCUGAACAGUUGGCGCGCGAACUUGCCGCAAUGCGCUUACUCCAACAGCCAUCAGCAAGCCGCACAGAUCAGCCGACUCAGCUUGACGACAGUGGGCCUUCCAACAAGUUGCCUACGGAGGAGGAUAUUCCUCUCCCAGAAAAGCCACACUCACCGUCCACUCCGGCACGAUCCAACAAUCCAGGUCCCCUCACCUCCCCACUGCCGGGAUCUCCUUCUCCACCUGGGCCCAAGACAAUGUUACCACCUCAGAAUGCCGCCACUCGCCCCAAAUCCUUGGUCGAGUCGGUGACUCCGGACCAAGCCCCGAGGA